AAUUAUGAAGUUUCACGUUGCAAAGAGGAAGUUUAAGGAAACAUUACGUCCAUAUGAUGUAAAAGAUGUCAUUGAACAAUAUUCUGCUGGUCAUCUGGACAUGUUGUGUAGAAUUAAAAGCCUUCAAACACGCGUUGAUCAAAUUCUUGGAAAAGGGCAGAUCACAGCAGAUAAAAAGAGCCGAGAGAAAAUACCAGUGGAGCACGAGCCGACGGAUGACCUCAGCAUGCUUGGUCGGGUUGUGAAGGUUGAAAAGCAGGUCCAGUCUAUCGAAUCUAAGCUGGACUGCCUGCUGGACAUCUACCAUCAGGUCCUCCGGAAAGGCUCUGCCUCAGCCCUCACUUUGGCAUCAUUCCAGAUCCCGCCUUUUGAAUGUGAACAGACGUCUGACUAUCAAAGUCCCGUGGACAGCAAAGACCUGUCCAGCUCCGCACAGAACAGCGGCUGCCUAACAAGGUCAGCCAGUGCCAACAUCUCAAGAGGCCUGCAGUUCAUUUUAACGCCAAAUGAGUUCAGUGCUCAGACUUUCUACGCGCUUAGCCCUACUAUGCACAGCCAAGCAACACAGGUGCCAAUGAGUCAAAAUGACGGCUCCUCCUUGGUGGCUACCAAUAACAUUGCAAACCAAAUAAGCGCUGCGCCCAAGCCUGCGGCCCCAACAACUUUACAGAUCCCACCUCCUCUCCCAGCCAUCAAGCACCUGUCCAGGCCAGACACUCUGCACCCCAACCCCACUGGCUUACAAGAGAGUAUUUCUGACGUCACCACCUGCCUUGUUGCCUCCAAGGAAAAUGUUCCAUUUGCACAGUCAAAUCUCACCAAGGACCGUUCCCUGAGGAAAAGUUUUGACAUGGGAGGAGAAACCCUGUUGUCUGUUCGCCCCAUGGUGCCCAAGGACUUGGGCAAAUCUUUGUCUGUACAAAACCUGAUCAGAUCAACAGAGGAACUGAACCUACAGUUCUCGGGCAGUGAGUCCAGCGGCUCCAGAGGGAGCCAAGAUUUUUAUCCCAAGUGGAGAGAAUCCAAAUUGUUUAUAACUGAUGAAGAAGUGGGUGCCGAGGAGACAGAGACGGAUACUUUUGAUGGGGUCCCACAGCCUGCGCCUGCGGGGGAAGCUGCUUUUACAUCAGACUCUCUAAGGACUGGAAGGUCACGGUCAUCUCAGAACAUUUGUAAGACAGGAGACAGUACGGAUGCCCUCAGUUUGCCUCACGUCAAACUGAACUAAGCUCUUUGUUUUCUUUCUAGGCAUAGCUGUUCUUUUAGCCAUACAUAUCACUGCAUGAACUGUUCUGAAAGCCCUUCUUAAAAAAAAAAAAAAAAAAAAGUCGAAGUCGCAAGAAGCAGGAAGAACAUGAAAGGCCACUUAUAAGCCCGUUAUCUUUUAAUUGCAUGAAAAUGCAUGUUUAGGGAUGGCAGAAAUUCCAAGGUACAUCGACAUUAACCCAUGCAUUUAACAAAGUACCUUGAGUCUAAAAUCCCAAGCAAACAGUCGCUGCUGAUGCUAAUGGGGCGUGUGAAGACGUCGGGAUUAGUUCAGUUGCAAGAGUUGACACUGUAUUUUGAAAUUGUGAGAGUAAACACCUUCAAAUUUCAGGCAUUUCUGCUUUAUGACUAGGUACAAAAUACAUUUUUCAAAACUAGGCCAUAAUAUAUGUUUAGACACCCGUGGCUAUCAACAGCUGCUAACAACACAAGUAAAGCAGAAUUUGGAAUACAGCAGAAAUGGCUGCUUAUUUCAAGAUUUGCCAACCCAUUCCUCCUCAGUCUUUUUAUUAACGUAUGUCAGUCUGUGUGCUUUUGGUGACUUAGCGCAGUGGCGAGCAAUUUUGCACAUUGUUUUCAUGUUGUCCUUUAUGCUGAGAAUGUUUUCCAAUUAGAAAACUGGCAGAUAAUGUUAUUCAGGGCCAGUGUGGCAGGAGACUCACUCUUCCUUUGACAUCUUCAACUUCAUGAAAAACACAAGUGUCUAACAAAGGAGUCAACUCUAUAAAUGGUCAACCUUUUUACAAGCAUAGGAAAUACUGACAGACUUAACAGCCUGUGAAACUGGGUGUGUCUCUUGGUGAAAAUGCAACCACAGGUCUGCCCAUCCUGUCCACCCAAAUGGCCGGUGUGACCAGUUAUUCCCAUCUAGCAGACAUACAGGUAGGGGAAGGGGCUAUUGACUUGAGCCUGCAGGAAGAAGACUUGGAAAGACUACACAUUUACAACAGUGGGUGACAUUAAAGGAAAUGACUCCUCACCCCCGAUGCGCAAUAGGAAAGAAGCCUAAAUAAAAUAACUAGAUUUUUUUUUUUUUUAGAAAAUAAAUAUUGCUAGGAUAUUCAACUACCUAAACACCCCUUAUUCUUAUAUAACAGAGAAAUUUGCAAGCUAUUUAUUUUUAAUAUGCCCUGAAUGUCUUUUGCUAUUAUGUAGUACAUUUUGCAUAUGAAAGGCUAGAACUAAACUUCCUUUACUUUUCUACUAUAGUGACAAUUUUUCUAUUCUUCCCAACAAUAUUAUCUCAAAUGUGAAGUUAUUGGCUCAGCUUCCAGGUGAUGAACCUUUAUAAUUAAAAAACAGAUACCACUGGAUGUGUUUGUAGAUCAAAACUCCUUAGUAAUAUAUGAUGAUGGGAAAGAAACAAAUAAAAAUAUUUAUUAAAAAUGUAUUUCUCAAAAGGCAAGCAAUACUGGCCACUUGUUAGAAUUCAGCCCCACACCUGUAAUCACAGAGCUGGGGAGACUGAAAUGGGGGAUCAUGAGUUCACUGAUCAUGAUCCUGAAUUAUACAGCAAGAUUGUGUCUCAAAAGAGAGAGAGAACUAAGUAUCUUAAACCAUCAGAAUAUUGAAAAAAGUAAUAACAUUCAAAGAGGCUUGGAGAGCCUAGCUUGUGUGCACACCUGUAACCCACUGUUUGGGAGGUGAAGACAGGAGGUUCAGGAGUCCAAAGCCAACCCUGGCCAUGUGAAACCCAGUAUCAAAUAUUUUUUUCGAAAGAAAGAAAGAAAGAAAGAAGGAAAGAAAGAAAGAAAGAAAGAAAGAAAGAAAGAAAGAAAGAAAGAAAGAAAGAAAGAA